AUGAUGCUCCGACAAUUGUUUCCGCUUGCUCUAUGUCUUGGUCUCGUCACGGCGCAAGCUCAAGGCAUCAUCGAGACCCUCGAUGGCGUGGCGGAACUCUCGGAGCUUGUAACCUACCUGGACAGAUACCCUGGUCUGACCCUGUGGCUGCAAGGACUAUCAGAUAUCACAUUCCUGGCGCCAAACAACGAUGCAUUUGCAGCACUGGCCGACUCGUCGACCAUCCCAAGUAUCCCCCUCGAUGAGGCCGACGCAGAGGCUUUGAUGAGCUACCAUGUGCUCAACGGGACCUUUUAUGACUUCAGCUCCGGCAAAUAUACCCUUGUCCCAACGGCGCUGUCGGGGUCGCAGUAUGCGAAUGUCACUGGAGGUCAGAUUGUCGCGGCCAAGGGGUCGCCAUGGUCCAAUGCUAUGACAUUUACGUCGGGGAAAUUCCAUAUGUCUGAAACCGAGGACGAGCCGUUGAACUUUACCGGUGGUGUCAUCCACAUCAUCGACUCGUUCCUGACUCUUCCCCAGACCUUCAAAGCGACCGCCGAGGCAGAGGAUAUGCUUGGAGGACCUGCAUUCGCCGAGGCCGCAAUCACCGUGCCGCAAACCGGCCAGAACGUGAGCAUCGAUCAACUGUCCGACGUCACCGUCUUUCUACCCAUGAACUACUCGCUUCAGGAGGUCGGCAACGUCAUUCAGAAUAUGACGUGGGCAGAGCUGAACCGCCUGGUGGCGUACCACAUUAUCGACCAGGUGCUGGAUAUUGACCCAAACGCCCCACCUAACGGGCAAUAUACAACAUACGAGGGCUCCGAGGUGUCCAUCUUCAGCCAAAAUGGCUUUGUCUUUGUCAACAAUGCCAGGAUCGUCGGGUCUCCUAAUUGGUUUUUCAGCGGAGGCAUGAUUUACACCAUUUACGGAGUGCUCAACCCGGACAAUACGACGGUUGAUCCUAACAUCAAUGACGCCGAAAUCGCAUUUGCAGGAGCGUCGUUUACUCCAGACUUCACCUUCCCCGCGCCAGCCUCACAGUCAUCGCCAUCGAAUUCGCCUGCAGCAAGUUCGAGCGGUGGUCUCUCGGGCGGGACGAAAGCAGGCAUAGGCGCCGCCACCGCCGUGGCCGUUGUCGUCCUCGUGGGGGUCUUCUUGUUCCUCCGCGAGAGACGUCGCACGGCGAGGGAGCUGGGUCCCCGCAAGACCUAUCAAUACCCACUGCAAUAUCCGAUGAAGGACUUCGAGGCGUCGAUUUCGCACACCGAGCUCGUUGCAAACGCGGCGGCGCCGGCCCGCGGGCCGAUCAAGGAAUUCACCCCGGCUGUGAGCGUCUACUCGUUGCGCUAA